CUUCUUCCGUACCUCGUCGAUACUACGGCCAAGUGCCUUUACAAAAUAAACCUGACGAAGGCGCCAUAUGAGACUAUGAGUGGAUUACUCGGAUUCAGAAGCACGGCCUUCCAAAGUUUGGUUCAAGCCCCUCUUCAUCUUGAUCUGGCAGGCUCAGCUUCUUCUGCUUAAUCCUUUCUCGGUCGUCAAUAUGCCGAUGCCCACUCAUUGGAGGCUCCAAUCGUACUUCUGGUCUGCUUUAAAAAUGCCCUGUAAUCACAAGGAGCGUUCAAAGGGAGGUUUCAGCGCUUCAGCUCCAAAGCUUGCCGGGCUCGGAUCUCUCGGCUUUUUAGAAUCAUUCGCAUAGGGGAAAGCUGCGAAUCCUGACUGGAAGUUGACGUUUCUGAAUGCUGCAACACACUCUGUAUCAGGAGCAAUGACGGGCAAAGGCACAACGCGACGACAGACUCAAUACUGCUCGUGUGCUUUUUCUGUCGUUCGCAUGUCAACUGAUCAUCUGUUCAGAUGGAACCAUGCAGCAGGGUAAGCUCAAAGUGUACUGAGGCAAAACAUCCUUUCUAGCCAUGUCGAGUCGUUGGUUAUCUAGCCGGUUCUGGAAACCUAUCACCCUUCGUGGUACCUGUUGUCCAUGCGAAUUGUGUUCUUGUAUCUCGGGACUGCGCCACUGUGCCAGUAGAAGGUACCCCAGAGGAAGGCGAAAAGAGGCAUAUUCUAGUCCUCGACGUCGUACAAAGGAAUGACUGACCGCUUGAAUCCUCUCAUCUUCAAACUCGUAAAGCUUCCAUUACCAGCAAGAGGCAAAAAGUGGACAAAGGAGAGAAACUCUCGUUAUCAUUUAUAGCACGUUUUUGUCCCACGUAUAUUCUCUGUUCCUGAGGGCCAAAACAGAGAAUUUAUAUAAGCACACCUCAAAUUAUGCUGGCUCGACUCGCUCUUCACGAGAAUUCCACAUGCGUUCGUUCUCCCUACUCAGUCUGCCAUUCGUUUUGUCACCGCUGGCAUAUGUGUCUGCCAUACCCGACAAGAUUCACGGUGUUAACUUGGGUUCAUGGCUUGUACUUGAACCAUGGAUGCUACCUGCAGAGUGGCUCUCCAUGGGUGGAGAGGAUUGCGCGAAUUGCCAGGACUGCAUACGCGACGAAUUUUCACUAGCGAAAGCUAAUCCGAACACAGUCGACAGCAAAUUCGACAAGCACUGGACGACAUGGUUCAAUCAAGCCGAUGUCGACCAGAUGAUCAGUCUUGGGAUCAAUACCGUUCGGAUUCCGCUUGGUUAUUGGAUAGUUGAGCAGUUGGUAGAUCGAAGGACCGAGCAUUUCCCCCGCGGUGGCCUUGCACAGUUACGCCGUGGUGCCGCUCAGCUAAAGGAGGCCGGUAUCGAGAUCAUUUUAGACCAUCACGCUCUUCCUGGCGUACAAGAUCCUAAUCAAAUGUUCACCGGAAGAUGCACUACAGACGUUCAGUUCUAUACCGAUGGGAAUUAUCAACGAGCCUUGACAUGGACGGCCGUGAUGACUGCGCUCGCGCAUACCGACCCCGUAUUUAGCACCGUGUUCGCAAUUCAAGCCGUCAAUGAGCCCAUAAUGGAUGCAAGUAUGACACCUGGAUACGGUGAAUUCCAGAAGAACUUCGUCAAGACGAUACGACUCGUCGAAUCUACUCUCGGAAUCCACACGUUCGAGCCCGCUAUAGCCGGAUUGUCGUUCUCGAAUCUUGACCUCCCAACUGCUUUCACUCAGGUUGCCUCGAAUAAUUCGUUGCGAUCCGAGUUUCCGAAACAGGUCCUACAAGCAGUGGCAGAGGCAGCUCCGAUUAUCAUGGAAAUCACUCGUGAUAUAAUCAAGGACAACAGCAUACUUCAACUUGUGAGCAAUAACGCCAAUGGUCGGCAGCCUUUUAUCACCAACUUCAUGGAUGUUAAUUGGCAGAAUAAUAAUCCAGCCAACCCAGCGGAUGCUGCGAUCGGUCCAAUUGGAUUCGACAACCAUCUGUACUAUAGUUUCGGGGGAGUCGCGGAUCCAAACCCAGAUGCCUACCUCGCUAGCAUUUGCAAUCUCAAGCGAGUUGAGGCGGACGCUGCAUUGAGGAAUACCCCUCUUUGGUUUGGAGAAUGGGGACUUCCCACUGAAUUCAACGCAACGGACGAUUUUCUGCAUAAAUGGGCUGACGCGCAGAAGAUCGCGUACAGCAAAGGGAAAGGAUGGAUCUUCUGGAACUUCAAGAUUGAGAUAUCCCGUGAAGCUGGGGAUCUUGCGCGACAAUGGUCUUAUUUCGAAGGUGUCAGACGUGGAUAUCUCACCAGGGAUCCUGCACAGAUAAAGGAUCCUCAUGUUUGUGACCCGUUUAUCCAGAAAUGA